AUGAAUUAUCUCCUUCUGGUUGCCAUUUAUGCCGUUGAUUCACUUGCGCUUGGGUUGAGGCCGGCAAAAGGCUUCUCCCCUGCUUAUGCAUCGUUGGCUGGUGAAAAGACAUCUCAGGCUCUACUUCACCAAAGCUCGUAUGACCUGUCAUCGUCAGGUUACUUACCUCUAGCCAACGAGAGAACCUCCCUUACUCUGCUGUAUCAAAACAACCUAAAUAUAUCCGACCAUGAGAACCAUGUUGGGACAAUUGUUUUGGACCCUAUGGGGCAGCAGGAUAUUCGCGAUGCAUGCGAAGAGCUCGGAGAAUCAAUGAUUUCCUUUUCCACCAUCAUAGACCACAAGGACGACUUUCGCUGGAUGUUUUCAUAUCUCUUCUACUCGAAUGGGCAAAGAGGGCAGGAAGAACACGCGCAUUUCUAUAUUCAGGAUGGUGUGCUGUCGGUCACCAAGGGCGUCGAGAAUUUUAGCCACUACACUUUCCCUUCUCACAAUCUUGAACUUCCAGUCUUAUGUACCCAGACAAGCACUGGUAGCACGGCCGAUCGUGGGAAGAAUGCGAACCGGAAGCUGGUUCGAGUGAGGUCGGAAGGAAAUACAUACGUCGGAUUUCGAGAUCAGAAGUCGUUCCGGUUUUUGGGUAUGCCAUAUGCUGAUCCUCCAGCGCGAUUUACUUAUCCGGUGUUGUAUUCGCCAAAGUCUCAAUUUAUUCGCGCGACAGAAUACGGACCAAGGUGUACCCAAGUCGAUGGUGGAGGUGAAGACUGCCUGUACCUGAAUAUCCAAACCCCUUACAUUCCGAAGGCCAAUUCUAAAGAGAAGCUGAAAGCGGUGCUGUUUUGGAUACAUGGCGGUGGAUUCACUGGCGGAUCGAGUGCAGAUCCUUUGACGGAUGGAGGGAAUCUGGCGUCCCGCGAAGAUAUCGUUGUUGUUUCGAUCAACUACCGACUCUCAACACUGGGUUUCCUAGCCGUUCCGGGGACGGAUCUCCGUGGAAACUAUGGAAUCGCAGACCAAGUGCUUGCUCUUGAGUGGACAAUAAAAAAUAUUGCACAGUUUGGAGGCGACCCGCAACGAAUCACAAUUGUCGGCGAAUCAGCUGGUGCUGGAUCCGUAAGAGUGUUACUGGGCUCUCCGCCUGCCCUAGACAAGUUUCAACGUGCGAUUGCCAUGUCAAAUCUGGGCGGUGGCCUUGGACUUGGGCUCGAGAGCAGUUAUGCAACAACCUACAGUAGCUAUCUAUCUAUUUCUGAGUCCUACAAGACCGCCGGUCAGGACAUAUUCUCUGGAGCUGGGUGUAACAAGGGGGACAUCGAGCAACAAGUGUCCUGUUUGAGAAAAAUCCCAGCAUCUACUCUCGUGAACCUACCCACUGUCGCACGUUAUGUUGUUCAGGAUGGAAACUUUGUGAACACGACAGAACUAAAUCUCAUCGAGAAGGACGCAGGGACAGCGCAUGUGCCUGUCAUAUUCGGAAACACGGCAGAUGAUGGUGCUUCCCUAAUUACGUACCCUUCAAGCGAGGUUCAGACCCAGCUAGAGGGACUUAAAGAGGCCUUGGGAAUCAGCACGAAGUAUGCUCAGAGCAUCAUGGAUUCAGGCCUCUUCCCGUUAUAUGAUACAGGCAACAUAACUCUUGAUUCCUUCAACGUCUCCCAACGUAUAGCCACCAAUCUACAAACCCGCUGUACCAGCCAAGCCACAGUGUUUGCCGGCGCUUCAUCCGGCGUAUUCGAGUCGGCAUACUACUAUCAGAUGCAUCGCACCUCUGGCGGAUAUGAUCCGAACAACUUAGGGGGCCCUGCAGCGACAUUGGACUUCCCAAAAGGCGAUCCAGAGCUACCAUACUUUCGUCUGCAUGGCUCAGAUCUACCAUGGGUUUUCGGGACCCUACCCUCCCUCAGAGACGCUCUUGACCUGUAUUCCGUCCAACUUAUAUCGGCCUACUUCGCGGAAUUCGUCCGAUCCGGUCAACCGAACCCGGCUCUUGAUUUCCUAGAUGCACGUGGGUACCAGCGAACUAAGGAUGCAGUCGAUGCAUUCGGUAGAUGGGAGCGCGUCUCCCACUCCGAAGGACCUAUCCAGCUCCUCGAUUUCCCCAGCGACAAGGGAAAGUUUCAGGAUCUAGACCAAUGCGCGUUCUUAGGCUACCCAAUAAUACACUACCUGGUUUAA